GGGCGCGGUGACAACUAUGUGCGUGUGGGAGCGAGUGCGAGCAUAGCCCAACAGAGAUUACGCAGGAGGAGGAGGAGGAGCGAGCCACAGAGCCAGAAAUCAGCCUCCAGCCAUCAGCCAGUGACCAAUGAGCAAGGGGGACGCGGCGGAGGAGCACCUGGACGUGGAGCAACCGGACCUGGAGGCGUGCUCCCUGCUCGGCCAGCAGGACCCGUCGAACGUCGAUCCCGGCAGGACACGCGCUAAGCAGCGGCUCAGCUUGAACGGGAAGCGGCGCCGCAGCCGGAUGUCGCGCAGGGCCAAUCUGAUCGGCAUCUGCGGCGUGAGCAGCCUGUGCAUCCUGCUGCUGAUCGCCACCACCCAGCACCGUCCGCUGACCACCCCGUUCAACCAGGCGGCUGGCCGGGAUCAGGGGGCGGGGGCGGGCGGCGGAGUGGGCGCGUCCGUGGAUGGAGGUCCUUCCAAUUCGCUGGCGCGCAGCGCCUUCUACGACCGCUUCCAGCAGCAACUGCAGCAGCAGCAGCAGCAGUCCACAACCGUCUACAACCUGACAGCUACUAUAGUGGAUGUCCUGUCGGCUCAACGGUCGCGCAUCCUGGCCGAAAUGGAGAACUUCGAGUAUCCGCGCGGCGGAGCCGAGCGACUGGCGGACAUGACGCCGGAGACGAACGGCACUCCGGUGCGCAGUGUGGUGGUCACCUCGUGGCGCUCCGGCUCCACCUUCCUGGGCGACAUCCUCAACUCGAUUCCCGGCAACUUCUACCACUACGAGCCGCUGCUCGACUUCGGCAUCAAGCAGAUCCGCGACCCCGACGACCAGGAGCUGGCCGUGCAGAACCUGAAGAACCUGCUCAACUGCGACUACUCCGACAUGGUGGACUACCUGAACUUUGGCAAGACGCACACCUAUCUGUUCGAGCACAACACCCGCCUGUGGGACGUCUGCCGGGACUUCCCGCGCUUCUGCUGGCGGCCUGCGUUCCUCACGCGCUUCUGCCGCCUCUUCCCCAUCCAGAGCAUGAAGACCGUCCGCCUGCGACUCGCCCAGGCCGAGAAGCUGCUGGAGGACCCAAGUCUCUCCAGCGUGCGGAUCGUGCUACUGGUGCGGGAUCCGCGAGGAACGAUGCAAUCGCGGCGACAUCGAGUGUGGUGCGGAGGUAACGAGGACUGCGAGGAUCCCCGACUGGUGUGCCAGGAUCUGCAGGAUGACUACAAAACAGCCGAGAUGCUGUUGCAAAAGUAUCCGUCUCGAUUUAGAACUGUUCGUUACGAGGACUUAUCCCUAAGCCCCAGUGAGAUGACCCAGGACAUUUUGCAGUUUUAUGGCUUGCCAUUCGAUCCAGCAGUGGAGGAGUUUUUGGACACGCACACCAAGGUCAACAUUGGAGGUGUCAGCUCCACAUAUCGUGAUUCCAGAUCGGCACCAUUCCAUUGGAUGCAGGAUCUAAAGCCAGAAGAGAUCAAGCAAAUCCAGGAUGUCUGCGUCGAUGCCAUGGAUUUGUGGGGAUAUCGCCGCAUUGAUAACUUCAGCAACUUCUCCACCACCCAGCAAACCUUCGAUCCAAUGGUGAUGCCGCCACCGUUCACGUGAAGCGGUUCUAGUGUUAGCCGAUCGUUAACGAUAACUGAUAAUGAUAACUAAUUCUUCUACUUGGUACAUUUUGUUGUGAUAUCGUCGUGUUGAGCGAGCAAAAAGAAAUAGGAAAGAACGGAGGGAAGCAGCGAGAGGUGGAGCGGAUUGGUUAGAGGAAGUGGGUGCAUUGUGAAAACUCAUUCAUAGCGGGCACAUUUUUGCUAAACACGCAAACACACUUAACUGAGCAAUAGUUAUUAAUAUAUAUAAACUGAAUAUACAAUAUGAAAUGCAUAAUUUUAGUAAUUGGCGAAUUUUGUGUAGAGAAUAAAGCGGUACGAAAACCAGUCGAAUAUCAGAUUUACAUUUAGGCCUAGAACUUAAGCAAACAAUAACUGAAAACUUAGUCUAAAUAGGGCUGCGUAUAGUGCAAUGUUUACUUGGCUUUUUGAUGUAAAUUAUUUAGGCAAACAACUUUUGUAAUUCAGCUUAACAAUGAAAUCCAGUGAUUUAGCAUCUAAAACAACCAAAACGUAUCACAGAGAAAUUGAAAUAAAAAACGUUUGAAAUUAAUCGAGAUGCAAUUAUACAACCAUGUUUGGCAAACCAAAAACCGUGCAAUAUUAUCAAAUCGGAAGAGAACAAUUAAAUCACGCUAGAAUCAAUUUAGACACAAAUUUUCUAAGGAAAAUUAAAACUAUAAAAAUGUAUUAAGAAGAGCAAUGGGCACUCAAUUCCUACUCAUAAGUUUCCUUAGGCAUAAAUUAUUUGUAUGGUUAUUUAGUUGUAAUUGUAAUUAAAUUGUACUAUACUUUAUGUCCUUAUUAUAUAACUGAGUUAUAUUCGUUUUCUUUUUCCAAAACGAAGCCCAGUAAAUCGAUCAAAUUGGCAAACAACAAUAUGUUAAAAGAGUGUUUGGAUUGUUUAAUAAACUGAAAAAUCCAGCAAUAUUUGCAUAACUACACUUAUUAAGCAAGAUACCAACUGAAUAAACAAUGAAUUAUAAAAGUAA